AUGAUAAAUGAAAGAUUGAACGAAAUAGUGGACGAUGAAGUAUUGGAUAACAUAGUGAAUGAAAGAUUAGAUGAGCAGUUAAAUGAAAGAAUAAACGAGCAAUCAGAUGAAAGGUUAAGCGUAAGGGCAACUGAAAAAGAAAAUGCUGUGAUAAACAUAUCUGAUGAAGAAAAUGCUUUAAAUGAAUUAUCCGAAGAUGAAGGUAUUAGUAGAAGCUUGCCCAAUGAUGAAGUAAUUAGUAGAAGCUUACCCGAAGAUGGAGUUGUUUAUAGAAGUUUGCCUGAAGAUAGAACUGCUGGCAGAAGGUUACCUGAAAAUUUUUCUGACAUUCGUCCAAAUAAAAGGCAUAAACCUUCUGUUUUGAUGGCUACCACCAUGGGCACCAAUACUCAGUCUUUUUUAGAUAAACAUGACUCUAAACCUAAAUCUAAACAUACACUCUGGAACAGGAACAACAUUCCAAAGACAUCAGCUCAUGAAAUUUAUCGAAGCGUCGCUACAAAGUCUCUUGAACGAUAUCACAAUGACAUGAAAUCACAACUUAACAAACAUAAUAAAAAAUUUAACAACAAAUACAAUGUUGGCGAUUUAGUGUACCUUAAGAUUUCCGAUAUUGAUAGGACACAUACUGAUUGA